GAGAAAUGGCGAAAUUGAGGCUCUCGGGACAUCUAUUUUUCGUUCGAUAAUUCCAAUUUUCUAACUAAAAUAAUGCAAUGUUAUCAGUCUAUUUUCGAUAUUUACUGUUAUUUAUUUUAAGUGACUUAGUUGUACGGUAGUGUCUCCUAUGCAUCUUCUUGUGUUAACAACAUUUUGUUACAGUGCUGGGUAUCUAGUCAGUUUUAAUUUAUAAAUUGUUUCCACUGUUCAGUUUUAGAGUGAAAAUGAAUAACUGUGGAUCUGGAGUUGGGGCUGCAGUGGCCACAGGCGCUGGUGCUUACGACACGAAAAUAGCUGGCUUGUACGAUUUGCUUGAUACUCUGGGUUCUGGACAUUUUGCUGUUGUGAAAUUAGCAAGACAUGUUUUCACUGGUGAAAAAGUUGCUGUAAAAGUGAUUGACAAAAGUAAAUUAGAUGAAGUCUCAAAAUCCCAUUUAUUUCAAGAGGUUCGUUGUAUGAAAUUAGUACAACACCCCAAUGUGGUGAGAUUGUAUGAAGUAAUUGACACACAGACUAAACUAUACCUAAUAUUAGAGUUAGGUGAUGGAGGAGAUUUAUAUGAUUACAUAAUGAAACAUGACUCAGGUCUGUCAGAAUCUCUUGCUCGUGAUUAUUUUCGCCAAAUCGUGCGUGCAAUCUCAUAUUGUCAUAGAUUACAUGUUGUGCAUCGUGAUUUGAAACCGGAAAAUGUGGUGUUCUUUGAAAAGUUAGGUGUAGUAAAGUUGACUGAUUUUGGUUUUAGUAACAAAUAUUGUCCUGGACAAAAGUUAGAGACUUCAUGUGGAUCGUUGGCGUAUUCGGCCCCUGAGAUUUUAUUAGGUGACUCGUAUGAUGCCCCCGCGGUUGACGUUUGGUCUCUAGGUGUAAUUUUGUACAUGUUAGUUUGUGGUCAAGCACCAUUUCAAGAAGCAAACGAUAGUGAAACACUUACAAUGAUCAUGGAUUGUAAAUAUACUAUACCACCACAUAUAUCAAACUCUUGUAAAAGGUUAAUAGGAAGAAUGCUAGUCAGGGAACCGGAGAAGCGGGCUACUCUGUCUGAGAUAGCAACAGAUCCGUGGGUGACCGCCGGGGAGGGCAUGGCUGUGGAAGAUUUUGAUGCUCCCCUUGUUACAAAGGAACAGCUAUCUGAAGAAGACCGUACAGCUAUUUUACAGAGGAUGGUUAACGGUUCUAUCGCAACAAAAGAACAUAUAUUGGAGUCUUUAGAAAAGAAUGAUUAUAAUCACAUAACCGCCACUUACUAUCUACUAGCGGAAAGAAAACUGCGAGCUAAAAGGCAAGCUGCGCGCGCGGCGCGGCGGCCGGAGGCGCUGGGCGUGCCGCUGGGGACCUCGCGUGGUCGCUCGCUGCUGGUGCCGCCGCCGCACCACGCAGCACCGCGCACACCGCAAGAUGCGCCGCCGCGUUCCCGCAAGUGCAGCAUCGUGCGCGAGGAGGAGGACGACGAGGAGGCGGGCGCGGUGGGUGCGGGGGCGGGGGCGGGGGCGGGGCGCGCGGCGGAGGUGCGACGCGGCAGUCGCUCCGAGGGGCGCCUGCACCUCGCACGUCCCGCGCAACUCGCAGACAACCUUACCAAGGUGAACUUGGACGACGGCGCAACUGUGUGCGUAUCGGAGACGCGUCGCGCGAGCGCCACAGACGGCACGCCGGCGCCCGCGCGUGUACCGCCACCGGCACCACCGCCCGCACGGCGUCAGCGUCUCGACUGCCGCCGUCGUCGCCCGCGCGCCGGCUCCUGCUCCUCCUCGGACCUCUCCGACGACGACUCCGAGAAGAAGAAGCGCGCCGCAGAACAGACCGAGGCGCCGCACGAGCGCGCCCGUCGCGACUCGCACGACGACUCCAGCGACAGCCAGGAGCGCGGUGGCGCGGCGGGCGCGGGCGGCGCACGGCAGCCCGCGCAUCCCGCACAUCCCGCCGGCGGCGCACCCGGCGGCUCUAGCGGCGCCGGCGGGGGCUCGGCGGGCGACGCGCGCGGCGGCUCCACCGGCGGGCGGCGCAGACGUGCAGCGCGCAAGGAGAGCAGACUGCGCGAGUCGCGCUCGCUGAACCGCAUCGCGGAGGUGGAGGAGGCGGCGGCGGCGCGCUGGGCGGGCGGCGGGCUGGUGGCGAUGUGCGGCCGCCCGCUGCUGCGUCUGCUGGCCGCCGCGCGCCCCGCGCCCACCGCUCGCCGCCUGCACGGACUCUGCUAACGGAUUUGGAUCGAUUUGGAACUUCGACGAACGCUCUACUCUAUUACGAUACAUACACUUAAAUUUAUUUCUAAUUUAUUGAAAAAAUGCUCGUAUUGCGGUCGCAGUAGGAGCAGUCGGAAUAUGCUGUAGUUAACUUUAUUAAUUUUUAAGCAAUCAAUGCCUCUACUUCAUAUUGUUACAUCUGAACUUUUUUUAUGUAAUUCCUUCGUAGAGCGUUUGUCGCGUGCGUCUUCCCUUCGUGACAUCUUGAAGCCACUUUUCGAACGUUAUGAAAUAUUUAUUCGCAGAAUAAAAUCUCAAUAUUUAUAUAUAUUUUUACUAACAAAAUGAUGAUAGACCGUCGACAGAAGGGUAAAGUAUCAAUUUACGUAAUGUCUGGGAGCGUGUCACGAGUGCGAUCAUUCCCUCUGCGGAAUGCAUCUCGCGCUCGGAUCAGCGAAUCGGUUCAGGUGCUAUCGCGUCCUCGUUAUUGUAACAAUCAGCAUAAUUUGAUGCCUUUUUUCUAAUCGUGACGUUGAAUAUGUAUAAUAUAGCAACGAGGCCCCCGUUUGCCGCCAAAUUAUACCGGUAGUGUUUUAGAAACGUUUUACUCACCGUGUUAUAUAUAAAUGGACUGGCAAUUUAUACCUUUAGUUAAUUUUUCACUUUUUUACAUCGAGAUCGAGGGACAUGGAAUUCACAAGAGAUCAGUUUCACAAUGCGCAGUGUCACAGUGUCGGGGCCAUCUUGGUUACGGUUACAGAUCACAUCUAUCGCAUUUAUAUGUAAGUAAAUAUUUUAGGUCAACAGGGUGCCUACGACGAAUCCGUUACUGAGACUUUAUAACGAUUAAUUUCUAUCUAUUUGACCGUUAUAAAGGCCCAAAUCAUGAUGUUUUCGAGGUAUAUUAUUUAUUAUGAUUCUUUGAUACACACACGUCCUCAUCUUUACAAUAGAAUUUAGUUAAUUCAAGUAAAUCGUCAGUAUUAUGUCUAUGAAAAUGCUACAUUAUAUAGGAUUCUGGAUUCCAAUUCUAUGUUAGAUUUACUAAAGUACUAUUGUCGUUUUGCAUUAUUCCAUUUCAGGGGUACGGAAUCAAAUCUUGUUUUGUAAAAUAUAUACAUGUGUAGAGGAAAAAAUUGUAUUCGGUUUUUGGAUUAAUUAUAAUUAUUUUUAAUGUGUUAUGUGAAAGAUCAAAAAUAUAUUAUCAAAAUUGGGCAAAACAAGUUUAGGUUGUGUACCCCUGUCUUGAUGUUUUGUCAUAGAUUAGAGCCAUUAGGGCGGAGUGCAAAAGAUUCAUUCAUGUUGAAUAUUCGAAGUAUAGAGCACAUAGUACCGCUUUUUAAUAGUUUAACUUCGUCUUGUAUCAGUCGGCAGUAGUAUUGAAUAACAUAU